GGACCAAGCUACUUCCGGGAGAGAAUGGGCGGGUAGAGAAUUCCGUGUGUUUGGCGGGUUUCGCUGCCAUCCUAAAUAUUUGGUCCUCCCACAGCGGCAGGAGCCGGACACGUGAGUACGUGGAGACGCCGCCACUGUCAGAACUGACUACAUCGGCUUCCCAGAUGGCCAUGGCUGUGGAUUUUAAAACUUAUGUAGAUCAGGCAUGUAGAGCUGCUGAAGAAUUUGUCAAUAUUUACUAUGAGACAAUGGACAAAAGAAGACGGGCACUGCCCAGGCUCUAUCUGGACAAGGCCACUUUAAUAUGGAAUGGAAAUGUUGUUACAGGCCUGGAAGCCCUAGCUAACUUUUUUGAUGUGUUACCUUCUAGUGAAUUCCAGGUCAAUAUGUUAGAUUGCCAACCAGUUCAUGAGCAAGCGACUCAGGCCCAGACUACAGUUCUUGUUGUGACCAGUGGAACUGUGAAGUUUUGUGUGGAAGAUUGCAAGUGA